AUGGCAUCCCUGGUUUCAAACUGGUCUUCCAAUCUGCAAACUUUGCCAGCAAAUUAUGUUGUGCCUGUGGACCAAAGGCCAGGAAAGCUUGCUCCAAUAAGCAUGGACAUACCAGUGAUUGAUCUUGGUGAUGCAGAUCGAGGUGCUGUGGUUCGGAAAAUCAUAAAAGCUAGUCAAGAAUUUGGAUUAUUCCAGGUGAUCAACCAUGGAGUGCCAGAAAAGUUGAUGAUUGAUGCAAAGAGUGUGGGGAAAGAAUUCUUUUCAAUAGCUGCUGAGGGUAAAGAGAAGUUGAUUGCUGAUGAUACACAACAUGGAUGGGAACUUUACACCAGUUCUGGAAAAUACAGCAUCCAAGAUUUUGCGUUCUGGAAAGACACUUUGCAGCAUCCAUGCCAUCCUCUUGAGAGUUGCGUCAAAUCUUGGCCCGAUAAGCCAGCAAGAUACCGAGAGGUUAUAGGACCAUAUACGGUUGAAGUGAGAGAACUAGGCAAGAGAGUUUUGGAACUGAUCUAUGAAGGAUUAGGAUUUACUGAGAAAAACUUCGAUAGUUAUGACUUGGUCCUGAUGAUCCAUAAUUAUCCAGCAUGCCCUGAUCCUAGUUCUGCUUUGGGAUCGGGUGGACACUAUGAUGGAAACAUCAUAACUUUACUUCAGCAAGAUGUUUAUGGGCUACAACUAUUUAAGGAUGGCCAGUGGCUUGGGGUUGAGCCUCUUCCAAACGCAUUCGUGAUAAACAUAUCUUUUGCCCUUGAGGUAAUCAGCAAUGGGAAGCUAAAAAGUGCUCUGCAUCGAGUUGUUACAAAUUCAGAUUGUUCUAGGACAUCAUUUGCCAGCUUUAUUAAUGUUCCUUUCAAUAGGAUCAUUGAACCUGCAAAGUCAGUUGUUAGUCCAAGCAAUCCACCAGUAUUCAGAGGUUUCCUAUUCGAAGAGUUUAUGGAGGUUCUUAUAAGCAAGAAUUCUGACAUGGAUGCCACGUUUGACUAUUUCAAAAUCAAGAGCCAAGCUGCCGAAUAAUGUUGUCUUUGGAUAAUAUC